AUGGAGCAAGUGUCUGCUUCAGAGGCGGAUGCCUCGAUUGUUCUUGACGAAGAAAUUUCCAAGAUACGUUCUGAAAUUCAAAGCCUCACGAAGCAUAGACGCGUCUUAUCAGCGAGCCUCCUCUCCAGUAACGCGGUUCAAAAUGCUCUUCGACAACAAGCCACAUCUGGUGCCAGCGCGGAUUUUGCGCCCGUUGCUCUGAACACCGAGAACCAUGCACAGUCAAAUCAUCACCGAGCUGUGUUUUCCACCACAUCCUUCCCUUUCAAAGACCCCUCGCCACACACCGGCUCGCCAAAUCUAUUGGGUAUACGUAUCGACGUUUGUACGCGAGAUGGCAGAUAUUCAGAACCGUAUUACGUCCUCCUCAAAAGUGCGGGUAACGAUCGAACUUUAUUAAGAGUUCACAAACAUACGAUACCUGCGUUUAUUCGUUUAAAUCAGUUAGAAGCCAAGUAUCUAGCUGGCCCAGAUGCUGGUGCUGAGGAUUCCGGCGACUUGAAGGCAGGGAAGCCGGAAAACCAAGACCUCAAACGCUUUGUUGUGGCACUAAGACGAGAGCUUGCAGCAUGGCAUUUACGGAAAGAUGCAGUUGCAUACCUCCAAGAGGAACUAGGUGUUGGCCAAACCAGGGGUGAAGAAAUCGAUACCUUGAGUCUGAAGCACGGAAUAUCGUCGUUAUGCGCCACGUCCCUUGAGGCCCGGUACAUCCGCUUUGAAUGGCGAGAUGGACGUGUAGGCCGGAUCCAUCUAUCGAACCAAGGACUUGUGGAACGUGCCGUGAUUACUAGCGAUUCAGGGCGCGAUACCAAAACGGAAAAUUUAUUUUUGAGGGGCGAUCGUAGGAUUGAGACCGUGGUUCAAACCCUACUCGAUGCCCGUACGGUUGGUAAAUGA